AUGGCACCUCAGGGUUUCUCCCACGGACAGGGACGCUGCCAGGGGUCUUUCCAUGAUCACCGGCGCCCCCAAGGACCCUGCCAGGGUGUUCCCGCUCCCAGGGACUCUCCCAGGGAAAGCCACACUCUCAGCGUCCCUCCCAAGGACAGUGGCGCCCCCAGGGGCUCACACAGAAUCAACGGAGCUCCCAGGGGCCUUCCCAGCGACAGCGGCACCCCCAAGGACCCCGCCAGGAUCGCUGGCGUUCCCAGGAGCUCUCCCAGGGACUGCAGGUUCCCUGCCGUUCUCCCAGGAACGGCGGCGCCCCCAGGGGCCCUUCUAGGUACCUCAGGGCCCCAGGGACCCUACCACGGCACUGGCGCUCCCCGAGGUUCUCCCAGGGACAGCGGUGUAAUCGGGGGCCCUCCCAGGAACAGUGGCGCGUUCAGGGGCCCCCUCAAGGGCGGUGGCUCCCCCAGGUGCAAUGCUAUGGACGGCUGCGCCCCAAGGGGCUUUACACAUCCUGUCAGUAAUGUGUCUCAUCCCGUGGCCAAGACGAGGCGUUUAGUGGGAGUGACGUGA